UCAACAUCAACAUCAACAUCAACAUCAACAUCAACAUCAACAUUAUCAACAUCAACAUUAUCAACAUCAAUAUCAACAUCAACAUCAACAUCAACAUCAACAUCAACAUCAACAUCAACAUCAACAUCAACAUCAACAUCAACAUCAACAUCCUCAACAUUAUCAACAUUAUCAACAUCAUCAACAUACACAUCAACAUCAACACCCACACCCACAUCACUAACAUCAUUAACAUCAACAUCCACGUCCACAUCUAAAUCCACGUCCACGUCCACAUCCAAAUCCACAUCCUCAUCCACAUCCUCAUCCUCAUCCACGUCCACGUCUACAUCCGCGUCCACAUUCACAUUU